AUGUCAUGUGUUAAUAUUGGUCAAUUACUUACUGGUUGCUUUUCACGUAUUAUGAUUACUGGAUAUAAUAUUGAUUGGACUGAAACUUCAUUAUUUUAUUGUAAAUCAAGAUGGUUUUUUUUUCAAACAUUCACAUUAACAUCGUAUGCAUGUAUGUGUUUUGCAAUCAUUGAUCAAUAUCUAGCAACAUCAACGUAUCGUCGAUGGCAACAAUGGAAUAAUAUUAGACUAGCUUAUUUUCUUUGUACAGUGUCAUUUACCUUUGCAGUUCUUCAUGGAUUUCCAUCAAUUAUGUAUUUUAAUCUUACUGAUUCACGUACUACAAACAAACUUAUUUGUACUAUUACCAAUAGUGUUUACCAAAGAUAUCGAACUCUUGGUUUUAAUGUUUUUCUAGCAGGUGUAUUACCGGUUUUUACUACUAUCUUAUUUGGAUCAUUAGCAUACAGAAACGUUCAACAAUUAGCUUAUCGAACAGUUCCACUUGUUCGACGUGAAUUAGACAAACAAUUAACAAGUAUGGUUCUUGUACAAGUUGUUUACAUUUUCAUUGCUAUUGUGCCAUAUACUACUGUAAUAAUAAUCAUAACUAACCUAGAUUUACAAAACAAACCAAUACUUGCUGCCGAGUUACAGCUCGUAGAGUGUUUGAGCGCAAUUAUUUAUUAUUCAUAUUUUGCAGCUCCAUUUUAUAUAUAUAUUUGUGUAUCGAAACGAUUUCGUCAACAAUUUAUUUAUGUCCUCUGUCGUAUUUAUACUAAUUGUUGUCGAAAGCCAACAAUGAUUAAUAAUCAAAUAUUACCAGAGUCUCACAUGAAUUGA